AUGAGCAAAACCAUCUGCGCGUUCACCAGCGUCCAGAACGUCAACGGUGGAGAGUGGCAGUGGACCCUGUUCCAACCGCUGGUCGCACCGGACCCGGGACGUCAGACCGUUCAUGUUGUUAUGACGUAUGUUUCGAGCGCGGACUACAGACCCCAGUUCAGCGACGCCCACGAGUACAAACGUCUCAACGGUGGCCGCAUCAGGGAGUUGAACCACUUCGUGGCUCUGUCUCACGACAACACCGCGAAAAAUCACGAAGCUGCUGUCACGAGGAUGGCCGGUGUUUGGACCCUGUUCCAACCGCUGGUCGCACUGGAUCCGGGAAGUCAGACCGUUCAUGUUGUUAUGACGUAUGUUUCGAGCGCGGACUACAGACCCCAGUUCAGCGACGCCCACGAGUACAAACGUCUCAACGGUGGCCGCAUCAGGGAGUUGAACCACUUCGUGGCUCUGUCUCACGACAACACCGCGAAAAAUCACGAAGCUGCUGUCACGAGGAUGGCCGGUCUUGUGCGCUUGGCACAAGACGACUGCAAGGCGUCGGAGGCGAGGCUCAAGGAAGCUGUAGGGGACUCGGGUGGGCAAGGUGACAUCGCGUACAAGUACACGUUGUUCAUUUCCCNAUCUCACGACAACACCGCGAAAAAUCACGAAGCUGCUGUCAUGAGGAUGGCCGGUCUUGUGCGCUUGGCACAAGACGACUGCAAGGAGUCGGAGGCGAGGCUCAAGGAAGCUGUAGGGGACUCGGGUGGUUCACCGUCGGCUCCUCAUACCUGCACGGAACUGGCGGACGCGCAGGGCAAGGCGGAGGUGGGUCUUUGGGGCUCGGGUGUCGAAGAAGUGGGCAAACAGCAAGGUGAUCGCAUUCAGGUGUAA